AUGAAAACAAGACUGAGAACUAAAGUCUGGUGGCCAAAAUGCGACAAGGACGCGGAGAACUUUUGUAAGGCAUGCAAAGGUUGUGUUCUUGUUUCCGCUCCUAAUCCUCCUAAUCCUUUAAAGAGAAGAGAGCUACCUUCAGAUUCUUGGGUUGAUACUGCUAUUGACCUGAUGGGACCAUUACCUAGUAAUGAUUAUAUUCUGGUAAUAGUAGAUUACUACUCCAGAUACAAAGAAGUAAAAAUAUGUCGGACGAUAACAAGCUUAGAAAUAAUCAGCCAACUGAAAGAUGUUUUCAGUAGGCUAGGCAACCCAGUAUCAAUCACGGCAGACAACGGACGUCAAUUCACUAGUGAAGAGUUCAAACUAUUUUGUUUAGAAAGAAACAUAAAGUUAUACAACACCAUACCCUACUGGCCCCAACAGAAUGGGGAAGUAGAGCGGCAGAAUAGAGAUAUUUUGAAACGCCUCAAAAUCUGUCAGGUUGAGAAGAAGAAUUGGAAGGAAGCUUUGCGAGAGUAUAUGGUUAUGUACAACAGCACACCUCACACAGUGACGGGCAAAACUCCUUCGGAAUUAUUCUUUCGGCGACAGUUUAGAGAUAAACUACCAAUGCUACAAGACAUGACCUACAACUCUGAAGAUUUGGAAAUGAAAGAUAGAGAUAAAGAGCAAAAGGAAAAAGGGAAGGAGUACGCGGAUAGGAAGAGACGAGCAGUGAAUGGUGAUUUGGACAUAGGUGAAAAGGUCUAUCUAAGGAAUAUAAGUAAAAGUAACAAAUUGAGUUUAAAUUAUGAACCAACAAGUCACACUGUCGAGUCGAACAAAAAUGGAGAUGUGGAAGUUCGCAAUGAUACAACGGGCCAAGUGGUAAGGCGAAAUAUUUUACAUUUAAAACGAGUGGAAGGACAGUGGAAGGCAGUUGAGACAAGUGACACGGAUAAAAUGGGUAGUACCGAAAUCGAUUCUGAGUAA